AUGAGCGGAAACCAACAACAACAACAACAACAUCAGCAGCAAACAAACAAAAAAGGGAGGCAACAGGCUCGAAAGGAAUCUUUACGGCUAACGUGCGCGCGGAGCGGCGGCAUGGGCAGGCGGCGGGGCGCCGGACGCGCGCUGCUGCUGCUCCUGGUGCUGGCGCUGGGGGCGGCGGCGGUGGCGGCGGGGGCGGCGGCCGCGGAGGAGGAGGUGGCUGCGGCGGCGGCGGGCGAGACCGAAGCCGGCGCCAACGACGGCAUCUGCUACAGCAUGGACAUCCGCAACCGCAUCGAGGCGUUCCGGCUGCUGUCGGGCUGCCGCGUCGUGGAGGGCUUCGUGCAGAUCGUGCUGCUGGACAACACGUCGGAGGCGGACUUCGAGGCGCUGUCGUUCCCGCGCCUGCGCGAGAUCACGCGCUACCUGCUGCUGUUCCGCGUGGCCGGGCUGCGCUCGCUGGGCGCGCUCUUCCCCAACCUCACCGUCAUCCGCGGCGCCGCGCUCUUCCGCGACUACGCCCUCGUCGUCUUCGAGCUGUUCGCGCUGCGCGACCUCGGCCUGCGCUCGCUCGCCCUCAUCGAGCGCGGCGGCGUCAGGGUGGAGAAGAACGACAACCUGUGCUUCGCCAGCACUGUGGACUGGAAGCGCUUGGCGCCCAACGGGGAGGUGGUGGUGACGGCCAACGGGCAGAGCGUCAACUGCCUGGAGCAGGAGAAGCGAGUCUGCAACCAGAGCGGCUGCCCCCUAGGCCCCGCAAAGGUG